AUGGCUCCAGCUGAUAAGAACGAGUAUCAAUUGGCGCGAGACUAUGGCCUCGAUAUUAGCAUGCCGGAAGCAAACUUUGCCGUGGCUUCCGCCGCGCAGAAGGAGUAUCAGAAACAGUGCACCUUCCUGUACCGUGACUUCGUGAAGAAUAUGAACUCUUACAUCAAACAGGAGCAGAAAAUCAAAACGGAGCUCCGCAACUUAAAGAAACAAAAAGUUCUGAACAGCCAAUACUCGCUUUACCGUACCGAUGGCAAAGACUUGUUUUCCAAUGCCAAAAAAGAGAGAGAAAUGUUGCUUAAGAAUAACGAGUUAUCAAGUUCCUUCUUUGAUGAUAUGUGUUUUAAUCCAUGGGGUCUUGAUUCCAUCAUAGACGAAGACUUGAUCCGCCCGAAGACUGCUCCGGCGGAUGUUAAGGAAGGGGGUCUUCUAGCAGAACAGGAUUCUGCAAACAUUCCACCAAAUACGGAAACAGAGCACGUAAAGCCGCUCUCAUUGGCAGCAACACUUGACUCUAAACAUGUUGACACUCAUGUAGCCAAGGUAGAACACCUUUUAGAAUCUCAGUCUCACACAAAUCAGCUUGUUCCACCGAAACCCUCAGACCCUCCGAGUCCGACACAAGCGCGAUUGCCAGUCAAACCGCCCGAAGUACCAAAAAUUGAGCAUAUUUCUGAUGAGCAGGAUACAGUGACGGGAGAGAGUGUAGGUGACGGGGAAGUGGACAUUCAUACGGAGAGAACACGGGCCAGGAAUAUUGUCAUCGACAGAUAUAAAUUCCUUGAGCUCCAGAAAGGAGAAAUCGACGUCAAGCUUCGGAAUAAGAAUGGCGCAUUCCUCAUCAGACCAAUAAAACUGAGCUACGACCCAACAGGUGUUGAUGCAGUUUUCAUCGCCAAAGAUCCAUCAAAAGAGAGAAUGGCCUUAGUAAGACAGAAAACAAAUUUGAGGACUCCAACAGCGUCAGCAGAGUUAAAGAUAAACAAUAGAAUAGCCAUCCAAAAGUCUCUUGUUGGAAAAGCGGCCAAAAAGACCACAGUGGCUGAGAUCUUUAACAGUGCUAGAGAUAGGAAAACACGACACUUCAGAAUCAUCUCAAAGACCAACAAAGGCGAGGAAAAUGACGAUGAAGCUAACAAAGACGCCAAAAUAAAAAUUAGACCAGCUUCUUCUCCUGUGGUCAAAAUUCCUACAACUGCAGGAGCUGUACGAAAAAGUAGCGUUCUCAAAAAUCGAAAACCAGGCAGUAAGCCACCAAUUGUUAUCCGAGAAGCUUUCAUGGAAAACGUUUCAAAGGAGAGGAUGCCUACUGUUUCUAGAGAAAUCAAUCUGAAUGACUCCUGUAAUGUUGCUCCAAAUAAAGCUCUGUCCAGUUCACGUAAUUCUAUAAACUUAAACUUACCUGUGAACAAAAGGAACUGUGAUUCUGUGAGACCUGUAGCGCGAUCUACAUCACAAACAUCUGUGGAAAGCCACGAUCUAAAUACUUCUGGUCAUCAUAGAGUGACAUUUGCUAGGAGGGGAUCACAUGAUUUAUCACAUUUAAAUAGAUCCGCCUCUUCAGCGUCAAUAAGAGAAGGGAAUGUUCAGUUCAUGAUGAGUGAUGUUGACAUGAAUAAUAUGCUUCAGAGACUGAUAGAAGGAAAAGGAGAGGAAGGCGACUACAGUACGAUCCAAAAUCAGGAGAACCCCAUGGAUUUACAGGAUGCACUGAAAGCUCUGACGUUCAUCAAACGUUUGAGUAGAAUGUCGAGUCGCAACAAACGGAAUUCUCCGUCAGAGGUCGCUUCUAGUACCGGAACAGCCAACACGUUACAUCUCCCGCCACGUCUUAACAGCCGACAGGAAACUAACAAACUCAUCCGAGAUGCAAAACAGAAAGACAGCGAGUACAUACAAUCCAUGUCCUCAAUGAGACGCCGGGUGGCGCUGGGGGCCUCCAAAUCCAGGACCGGUUUUAGAUAA